UUUACCGGCGUCCGUACAGGAGUGGGAGCACCUCAUGAGUGGAGUUCUGCACAGACCAGCAGUCCUUCUGUUUCACAAACACACUUCAGUCCGUUUGAGUCGAAAUGUUUAGUUUAAGCGGGUUGUCCGUGGCGCUCGCGCUCGCCGUGGUGCCGCCCAUCACUGCUGCUCUAAAAGAAGGAGAGUGUGAAGUGUGUGUGUCCUUCCUGGGGAAGUUUUACCAGUCACUCAAGGACAACAACGUCAACUUCAACAACGCAGAGAUAGAGACAGCCAUCAUAAAAUUCUGCAAAGACGCCAAAGGCAAAGAAAACCGCUUUUGUUACUACAUCGGGGCAACGAGCGACGCUGCGACCAAGAUAAUCAAUGAGGUGUCCAAGCCGCUCAGCCACCACGUCCCAGUGGAGAAGAUCUGUGAGAAACUGAAGAAAAAAGACAGUCAGAUCUGCGAACUGAAAUACGACAAACAGCUGGACUUGAGCACCGUGGACCUGAAAAAGCUGAAAGUGAAGGACCUGAAGAAGAUUCUGGAGGACUGGGGCGAGUCCUGUAAAGGCUGCGCCGAAAAGUCCGACUUCAUCCGCAAAAUCACCGAGCUCAUGCCCAAGUACGCACCGGCAGCCGCCAAAGCACGGACAGAACUGUAACGGAAAAACCAACCAAACACAAAACAACCACAACAACUUUGGACUCGAUUGGAACCCGACUGCUAUCCAGAGAAGAAAAGAAGAGAAGUGGAGUUUAGUCUGACAUGUGUGUCCAUCUGUUGGUUUAGACUCAUUCAUCCGGUUUACGACACAGGUUCUGAAGUGUUGACGUUGGUCUGAUCACCUGAGGCUCAAAUCCUUUACUAUACUUUUCAGUCCAGUGUAAAAGGAGGAACAGUGUUUGCAACAGUCAUUGGAUGUAAUUCAUAAGACAGGAGCACCGCGAGGGAUGAGGUUUUCCACUAAAGCAGUCGACCAGAUUCAUUUGGCUUUAUUUCAUGGACAGUAAACUGACCAAAUACCCAAGGAUUCAUGUAAACGAAAAAACAAGGGCACUUUCUGAGUAGAGACACACACACACAGAGACUGGUGACAAAUGACAG